AUGCCUCUACAAGACGUAUCAAAUGAUCCUAACAUGCUUGGUUGGCUACAGACAGCCGGACAUGGUCAUCUAUUAGCCGAUCGAUUUCGUUCAACUUCUCCUACUUAUGGUGGUGAUCAUCAUCUUGAUGGACCGAUGCGUUCAUCAUCUUCUCAUGUGCAAAAUUCAAGCUUCGGUAGUCCAGUGAAUUUUCAAUCAUCAUCAUUCCAUCAACCCUCUUACGGACAUUCACCACCGCCACCCAAUUUUCAAUCAUCAUCAUUCCAUCAACCCUCUUACGGACAUUCACCACCGCCACCCAAUUUUCAAUCAUCAUCAUUCCAUCAAUCCUCUUACGGAAAUUCACCACCACCCAUUCUACCGCGUCCACAGGGAAGCUAUGGUGGUAUAACAUCAAAUAGUCCAUUACGAUUUUUAUCAUCGCCAUUAAAUUAUAACAGCGGUACCCAAUUUCUUGCUCCGAACACUCAUCAACAGCAACUGGAUGUAGAUAUUGAAGCAAUGCGUCGUGAUCCAAAUACAAGGGUAGUACAACGACCGCCGGGUGAAGACGUUGUCUAUAAACAGCGAGUAUUCGUACGUUAUCUUCAACCACCGACACCGCCUGUGGGUGGAACCAUUAUCGUUCGUGAAAAACAAGCACCACCUCCACCACCUGAUCCACCUAUCGUUUUACGAAGAGCACCACCUCCUCCGCCUACUCCACCACCUGUGAUUAUUCGAGAACGUCCACCGCCAGUUCCACCGCCUGAAGGCACUACUAUUAUUGAUAAAAUAAUUCCAUCAUUUCAAAAACCACCUCGGCAAGUCAUUGUCGAACAAUAUCCACCGUUACCACCAAAACCCCAAGACGUUAUCAUCGAACGAUGGCUGCCAGUACCUCCGCGUCACCGAAAAAUUCUUUACGAACGUUUGCCUCAUUCGCUUCCACCACAAGCAGCAGCACCAAUUAUCAUUCAACAUGGUCAACCAAAUGUACGUGUCGUUAAAGAAGUUAUAACCAACGCACCACACAAUCAAUUAGUUCCACAUGUAGCUCACACAGAUAUAAAUCACAUUCUUUCGGGACUUGGUGUCCAACAGUACCAAACGGCUGGAUCGUCGUUGUUGUCACCAUCUUCCCUCGUUUGUUACAGUCCAUAUUCUACAAUGCAACCGACAAUUGGUUAUAGCACAUCACAUCAGCCUCAAUCAAAUGUUAUUGUGUUACAAGGUGGUGCUCAACACAUGUUACCCUCAUCAAGUUACGCAGCUCCGAUGACAUGCGUUGUCAAUAAUCCAAAUAUUCUUUCCACUGGUCUAGGAUCUUAUGGUGGAGGAAUUUCGACAUUUCCAAUGACAGGCACUUUGCCCGGUCAAAGUAUUGUCUGUCAUGUGCCAGAUAACGUUCCAGUAGACAGUGUUUUAAGGCAACUAGGAAUAGAUCCGGUGGCAUUACAACGUUCAUCUUAUUAUUCGCCUCACGCAGGUACAGGCUCAUCAGUCACAUAUGCAAUACAUGUUUGUUAA